AUGGCUGAUAGCAAAAUGUCUGUGUCCCAGUGGAGCCCGACAUUUGUACAAGAGCUCCUCCCUGCUGCCAAAAAGACUGCUCUUCUGUACCAUCUUUCUUACCUGUGCCUGGCCAACUUCCCCAACCUGGAGAGGAUCAUCAGGAGUCGGGCUGUGGAAACACAGCUUCUUUUUGGCUCCUCUGAUGCAACUAUGUUGAAAUGUAUUUUGACAAGUGAAAAUCUGGUUCAGUCGCUGUUUCCCAUGUUGGCAAAAGCUGUGGAGAAAAACAAAGCAGUUCUGGCAAUCAAAUUUCUGGCAAAAGCACGAGUCUGGAUCAAAGAAAUUAUCACUGAAGUGGACAGGAUAGUGGAAAAGUAUGAUUUACACAACAAAGAUGUAGUAUCAUCCACCAGUGAUGUUAUCAAGGAAAAAUUAGAUACCGAUAAAAAGAUUAAAGAACACAACACUGAGACAAUGCAGACAGAAAAAACUCUGACUGAUUUGAAAUUGCAUCUUAAAAGUACUACUGAAGAACUGGCUAAAACCCGGCAAAAUAUAAACUGCAAAGUCCAGGAGAUUCAAGAAUUUGCCAGAUCCAUGAGCAAAAUAAAUAAACGUUUCGGAAUCUUCGCUGCAAUUGUGCCAUUCAUUGGGCCACUUGUGCAAAACAUUUAUGAUGCUGUACAUGAUCCUGAAAAUGUUGCCUCCAUGAAGGCUCUUGAAGCUCAAUUGAAUGUCCUUAUUGCUGAUAAGACCGUUCUAAAACAAAAGCAGUGGCACCUCCAGCUCCAGAUCAUUGAUUGGCAGAUGAAGUUUGCCCAAGCCAAUUUUGACCAAAAUUCCAUUCCCAACCCCAUCCAUCUAAAUGAUGUUCAAAGUAGCUUGUCAAAAAUUCAGAACAUUCUGAUUCAGCUGAAAAACUUCUGGGAGAACGUUGGUCAAAUGUUGGACUACCUGGAACAAAAGACCUUUGUUGGAGAAGAUCUUGUUGAAGAUCUAGCUGACCUAAAAGAUGAAUUUCUAGAAUCAAUUAAAAUAGCCGAAGAGGCUUGGAGCAGUUUUGGUGCAGGCUGUAAAAAAGCAUCUGCCAUCUUCAAGCUACAAACCAUAGAUGCCUACAGGUUUCUGGAGGUCAGUCCUUCCUCUCUCUCCAAGGAGCAGUGGCAAAAAGAAUAUGAAAGUGUAAAGGAACAACUGAAGAAAAUGUACUCACCACAAUCUCCGACAUCCUCUGAUACACCUGCUAUUUCUACCAAAGCUGUGGCAGAGAAGGAUGUGGCCUGGGACUCUGUUGACUGUUCAGAGGAGGAGAGAGAGGGGGAUCCCCCAUCCGUUCGACCCAAGUCCACGUCACCUCAAGUCAGACCCUUCUAUCCUGCUACAUCAUCUGCUGUGAAGAGUGAUUUCCUGAGUGCUCAAGAGCAGAGAGAGCAGCGUUAUCUUCUGGAGCUACAGAGUCUACGAGAGUCGACGGUGGAUCUGACGAGUGAAGCUCCUUAUCCAGUGGCAUAUGGCUGGGUCAAUGUUCAUGUCCAAGAGUGUGCGCACGGGGAUUACCGUGACGACCAGAACGAUCGCGUUCCCGGCCUGAAGUGA